AUGGAUCUUUCGAAGAUAAAACAAUUUACCUCAACAGGCACUAGGCAAGCAGAUAUCAACUGGAAACAUCGCCAUCUGCUCGAUGCAUGGAGCUGGUCGACAAUUCUCAGCUACAACGCAGGGGUGAAAAAAUUCCUGAAAUUCCAGACAGAAACAGGAAACCAGGCUUUCUGCCUGCCAGCAACGUCUCGCGACCUAUCCGAAUUCUGUUUAUGGGCCGGAAGGACUUCGAUAAAAGGAACAGACGCAAUCACCGCGGUCACCCUAACGAAAUAUCUAUUUGCCAUCCAAGCCUGGCACAAUUUCCAUGGCUUCACAUAUCCCAUCGACUCAAGGGCACAGUUAAACCUGAUCUUGAAAGCUUGCGCGAAAAAGGACGCGGAAUUUAAGCUGAAAAAGGAAAAAACAGCUAUACACCUAACCCAGCUGAAGAGGUUAGUGGAUCGAUUAAACUUGGGCGACGAAUCAGACAGAGCGACGGCCGAUCUCUCACUCAUCGCGUUCUGGGGGAUGUGCAGGAUGAAAGAAGUCACUUACUCGAAUGCACGAGGACACCUAAACAAGACAGAAGCAAUCCUGACUUCAGACGUAUCAUUUCAAAAAAAUAGAACCAACAAUAUAGCCAUACUCACCCUUCGUGGAGGAAAAACGGCAAAACCAGGAGAACUACAACGUAUUAAACUCGCAUCACAACCUAGCACCCUGUGUCCGGUUAUGGCUGUUCGAAGGCGCUUAACAGAUGCACGUGGAUUAGACACUUCACUUUUCGGUUACUUUUCCGAAGGCGGGCGCACCCAUUUAACAAGGGAGGCGGUUAUGAACAAAAUACGAUCCAUCUCACUGGAAGUAGACCUCUCAGGAAUAACGGGACACUCUUUUCGCGUUGGAGGAGCUUCCCUACGCAACGCGCUAGGAAUACCAAUAAGGCAGAUCUGCGCGCUAGGCAGGUGGAAAUCAGGAGCAUAUAAAGUAUACUUGAAACCAAUACACCGAAGAGGAAAUACUGGAAGCAGUGGCUUUACUUAA